UCCACAUCUGGCUUUGUGCCCGCAUCGUAGCGUUGUAAAUUUGGUGCACAUCCAAACACCAAACGAUGUCCGUCCCUCGGUUGUUCUGCCAAAGAACACUUCCGAAAGAGGGGUCAGGGACAAUCAUGGAGACGCCUAUAAGCUAUAUGCAGGGACGUGUGCGCUCGAUGCACUCGAUAGGUCUUUGAAUCAUCUCGUUCUGCUCUAACAUAUAUCUUUUAAUCUAAAUCGACAAUGACAACACACGUUCAAGGCCGCGAGUACGAUGUCAUCUUUGCAGGCGGUGGCACCGCAGCAUGCGUUGCGGCCGGUCGUCUGGCCAGAGCAGACCCAGGACUUUCUAUCCUUCUUGUAGAAGGAGGCAAGAACAACUACAAUGAUCCAACCGUCGUAAACCCAGCCAUGUACUUGAUCCAUUUGGCUCCAGGAUCUCAAACAGCUUUGUUCUAUGAAGCCAACUCGGAAGAAGCCCUCAAUGGCCGCAAAGCUAUCGUACCUUGCGGUGGUAUGCUAGGAGGUGGAAGCUCCAUCAACUUCAUGAUGUACACUCGUGCCCAGGGAGUCGACUUUGAUGAUUGGGAGACUGAAGGAUGGAGUGCAAAUGACCUUUUGCCAUUGAUGAAGCGGCUCGAAACAUACCACCUCACAGAUCCAGAUAUCGAUCAAUCGCUACACGGACACGAUGGCCCCAUUCACGUCUCGAACGGUACCUACUUUGCAGAAGACGCGGCGCAAGAUUUGUUCAAAGCAGCGAUUGCAACAGGGCAUGAAAUCACUGCUGAUGCACAAGAUCUCCACAAAGAUAUCAGAGGACUCAAAGGUGUUGGUGUGUUCUCUAAAUGGGCCAAAUACAUCUCUCCAGAAGGCAAACGCCAGGACGCUGCUCACACUUACAUCCAUCCUCUGAUGCAAUCGGGUGACUACCCCAACUUGCAUCUUUUGCUUGAGAGCAAGGUUACUCGAGUACUUUUCGAUGACAACAAGCGAGCCAGCGGUAUUGAAUACAUCCCGACACCCUCGUCACAGCCUGUCGGUGGUGUCAACGGCACAGAACCCUUCCAGGUCAAGGCAAAGAGAAUGGUGGUCGUAUCCGCUGGAGCGCUUGGCACACCUUCCGUCCUCGAAAGAUCCGGUGUUGGAAGCAAAGAAGUUCUCGAGAAGCUGGAUAUACCUGUCGUCAGUGAUUUGCCAGAUGUUGGAGAGAAUUACCAGGAUCACCACCUCGUGCUCUACCCUUACAAGACUUCUUUGAAGCCCGAACAAACUCUCGACGGCCUGCUCAGUGGACGCAAGGACUUUGGUGAAUCAAUUCAAAAUCAGGAUCCAAUGCUGGGAUGGAACGGUAUCGAUGCCUGCUCCAAGAUCAGGCCCACAAAUGAAGAAAUUGAAGCCAUGGGACCAAACUUCAAGGAACACUGGGACAGAGAUUUCAAAGACCGCCCAACUCGUCCUGUAAUGUUGACCGGUGUCGUACAGGCUUUCCUAGGUGAUCAGAAAGUCCUGCCUCAGCGUGAGGAUGGCGUGCCGCAACAGUACUGUACAAUGGGUGCAUACACCGCUUACCCUUACUCUCGUGGAGAUAUUCACAUCACUUCGAAGGAUGUCUCGACACCAGCAAGCUUCAACACUGGCUUCUUCAAGGCAGAAGCAGAUGUUCAGAAGCAAAUCUGGGCAUACAAGAAGCAGCGCGAGAUCUACCGCAGAACCGACGCAUACAGUGGUGAAUUGGCAAUGGGCCACCCCAAGUUCCCUGAAGGCAGCAAAGCCGCACUACAAGACGGACCCGCCGCGAAGUUCUCGUCGCAGGAAGACCGCAACAACCUUCCCGAGAUUGAGUACAGUGCCGAGGAUGACAAGGCCAUUGAGAAGCAUGUCCGAGACAAUGUCAACACGACCUGGCAUUCACUGGGAACGUGUCGUAUGGCACCGCGUGACAAGGGAGGUGUUGUUGAUGCUGACUUGAACGUAUAUGGUGUCACUGGCCUGAAGUUGUGUGAUCUUUCCAUUUGUCCCGGUAAUGUCGGUGCGAACACCAAUAACACGGCGUUGCUUGUUGGUGAGAAGGCGGCCGAUAUUUUCGCAAGAGAUCUCGGGCUUGGAGAACUUGGACAGCCGAUCGAGCGUGUGGACUCUGCGAUGCCGUCUCCUCCUAAAGUAAAGGUUUAGAUGGUGUGGCUGGUGCGCUUUGCAAAUAUCAAGAAUAAUAUUUCAAAACAUU